AAAAUGCCAAUAAUUCCCACAAAGUUCAGUCACUCGCAUCACACUCACACACACCUAAGCGGCGAAACUGAGAUCAUAGAGCAAACCAACCGAUGGCAAAAACGACGUCGUUGCUGCUCUGCACAGUGCUUCUCUUCGCAACCCUCGCUCUCAUCCAGGCAAAGAAGUCGAAGGAGGAUUUGAAGGAAGUGACCCACAAGGUUUUCUUUGAUGUUGAGAUUGAUGGAAAGGCUGCAGGUCGUAUCGUAAUGGGUCUAUAUGGGAAGACAGUUCCAAAAACUGCAGAAAACUUCCGAGCUCUUUGCACAGGGGAAAAGGGAAUUGGUAAAAGUGGAAAGCCUCUCCAUUUCAAAGGUAGUUCAUUCCAUAGGAUUAUUCCUAGCUUUAUGAUCCAAGGAGGUGAUUUUACCCAAGGCAAUGGAAUGGGUGGAGAAUCAAUUUAUGGGGAGAAGUUUCCUGAUGAGAACUUCAAGUUAAAGCAUACUGGACCAGGACUUCUAUCAAUGGCAAACGCUGGUCCUGAUACCAAUGGUUCACAAUUUUUCAUUACAACUGUGACAACCAGCUGGUUGGAUGGAAGGCAUGUUGUUUUUGGAAAAGUGCUUUCGGGAAUGGAUGUUGUUUACAAGAUGGAAGCUGAAGGAAACCAAAGUGGAACUCCCAAAAGCAAGGUUGUGAUUGCUGACAGCGGUGAACUACCUCUAUGAAUGUACUUCCCAAUUCUCAACCAGGAUUUGUUGAAAGUGUUGCAAUCGUCCAUGAUUUGAUCUAUGGGACUACUUAUAUUUUACAGUCAUGUACUACUAGGUUCAGUUCUAUGUCAGUAGAUUACGUUUACCCCUAAGAAGGCAUAAUGUUACAUUUUUGAACGUGAAAUAUGUAGAGGGAAAUCGAAAUGAACAUGGCAGUCGGAGAUAUGCAACAGGCUCUUAACGUGGAGUUUUUUUCUUGGUCGAAA